GAGACCGAUCGUGCAGACUCCGAAGACGAGAGUCUGUGCGAGGGAAAGCAGGUCCUUGUUGGCAUUUGUGCCAUGUCCAAAAAGUCUCAGUCCAAACCGAUGAAAGAGAUUCUGACAAGACUGGAAGAGUUUGAAUACAUCAAGACGGUUGUAUUCCCGGAAGAGGUGAUACUGAAUGAAAGCGUGGAGGAUUGGCCCCUGUGUGAUUGCCUUGUGUCCUUUCAUUCCAAGGGAUUCCCUCUCAAUAAGGCUAUUGAAUAUGCGGAACUGAGGAGUCCCUUUAUUGUCAAUGACCUGUACAUGCAGUAUGACAUUCAGGACAGGAGGAAAGUCUAUAGCAUUCUUGAGAAUGCUGGCAUCGAACUACCGAGAUAUGCAGUCUUGGACAGAGAAUCUGCUGAUGAAAGGCAACGGGAACUGGUUGAAGGGGAAGAUCACGUGGAAGUAAAUGGUGUGACGUUCAACAAGCCUUUUGUGGAGAAGCCCAUUUCGGCUGAGGAUCACAAUAUCUACAUCUAUUACCCCACAAGCGCAGGGGGAGGCAGCCAGCGGUUGUUCCGAAAGAUUGGAAGUCGGAGCAGCGUUUAUUCGCCCGAGAGCAGAGUGAGGAAAGUUGGCUCGUUCAUCUACGAGGAGUUUAUGCCCACGGACGGCACAGAUGUGAAGGUGUACACGGUAGGACCUGAUUAUGCGCAUGCUGAGGCGCGCAAGUCUCCCGCACUGGACGGGAAGGUGGAGCGUGACAAGGAAGGCAAAGAAGUGCGCUACCCUGUCAUCCUGACCAACACAGAAAAACUGAUUGCCCGCAAGGUUUGCCUGGCCUUCAAGCAAACGGUGUGCGGGUUCGACCUGUUGCGGGCCAACGGCAAGUCGUACGUGUGCGACGUGAACGGGUUCAGCUUUGUGAAGAACUCAAUGAAGUACUACGACGACUGCGCCAAGAUCCUGGGCAACAUGAUCCUGCGGGAGCUGGCCCCCCAGCUGCACAUCCCCUGGUCCAUGCCCUUCCAGCUGGACGACCCCCCCAUCGUGCCCACUACCUUCGGGAAGAUGAUGGAACUGAGAUGUGUGAUAGCAGUCAUUCGCCAUGGCGACCGCACUCCAAAGCAAAAAAUGAAAAUGGAAGUAAAGCAUCCAAAAUUCUUUGAGCUUUUUGAGCACUAUGGAGGGUUCAAAGAUGGGCACAUCAAGCUCAAGAAGCCAAAACAGCUGCAGGAAAUUCUCGACAUCUCUCGUUUCCUUCUGAGUGAGAUUGAGCACAAGUCAGACCCCGAGGUGGAGGAAAACAAGGCCAAGCUGGAGCAACUCAAGUCCGUGCUGGAAAUGUACGGUCAUUUCUCUGGAAUAAAUCGCAAGGUGCAGAUCAAAUAUCAGCCCAAAGGGAGACCACGUCACUCAAGCAGUGACGAAGACUACCCACGGGAGCCGUCCCUGGUGCUGAUCCUCAAGUGGGGAGGGGAGCUGACGCCUGCGGGCAGGGUACAGGCCGAGGAGCUAGGCCGAGUCUUCAGAUGUAUGUACCCGGGUGGACAAGGUGAAUACGCUGGCACUCAAGGACUCGGACUGUUGCGGCUGCACAGCACUUUCCGCCACGACCUCAAGAUCUACGCCUCGGACGAGGGCCGGGUACAGAUGACGGCAGCGGCCUUUGCCAAGGGUCUUCUGGCUUUGGAAGGAGAACUGACGCCAAUUCUAGUCCAGAUGGUGAAAUCAGCAAACACUAAUGGUUUAUUGGAUAAUGAUUGCGAUUCCAGCAAAUAUCAGAAUAUUAAUUACAGGGUGAAGCAAAGACUGCAUGAAGCAUUCCAGGUGGACCAUGACUUCUCAGAAGAGGACUUUGAAAAGCUCAAUCCCACCCAUGCACGAUCCAUUCAGAAUGCUUUGCAGUUCAUCAAAAAUCCCGUCAAGGCAUGUCAGCACGUCUACGAGAUCAUACAGGAGCUCAUCAAACUCAUCAAGUGCAGAAAAGAUGAGAACAGAACACAGGGGCCCCUGUACCACGGAGAGACGUGGGAGCUGAUGCAGCGCCGCUGGGCCAAGCUGGAGAAGGACUUCAAGCUGAAGAAUGGCAAGUUUGACAUCAGCAAGAUCCCCGACGUGUACGACUGCAUCAAGUACGACCUGCAGCACAACCAGCACACCCUGCAGUUUGGGCACGCCGAGGAGCUCUACCUUUAUGCCAAGGCUCUGGCGGACGUUGUCAUUCCUCAGGAGUACGGCCUGACCCUCCAAGAGAAGCUGACCAUUGGACUGGGCAUCUGCACUCCUUUGCUGAAGAAAAUCAGAGCAGAUCUGCAUCGAAACAUUGACCCCGCAGCAGACGAGACUGAAAGCGUAAAUCGACUUAACCCCCAGUACUCGCACGGUGUGUCAUCCCCUGGCCGCCAUGUCCGCACUCGGCUCUACUUCACUAGCGAAAGCCACAUUCACUCUCUGCUCACAGUGCUGAGAUACGGAGGGCUGCUCGACGAGACAAAGGACGAACAGUGGCGCAGAGCCAUGGAGUAUAUCAAUGCAGUCACGGAACUCAAUUACAUGACACAGAUUGUGAUCAUGUUGUACGAAGACCCCACCAAGGUGAUAGAUGACCAGUUUUCGGAGGAGCGCUUCCACGUGGAACUUCACUUCAGCCCCGGCGUCGUCUGCUGCGUCCAGAAAAACCUGCCCCCUGGCCCCGGGUUUCGUCCCCAGAGCCGCAGCGGACCUAGGGAGAGACAAUCUGAGAAGGGCUUGCAUGGGACGGCUUGCCUCGAUUCAGCAGAGAAACCAAGCUGUAUCGAAGAAGAGGAAGACGAACUCACAUUUGAUGAUGAGGCCAAGUGCGACGAGGUUUGGUCUGACCAUGAUUCACCGACAAUACUCGAAGAAAGCGAUACAAAUGCAGAUGGCGUGUCAUCGAAAAACGAUGCUUCCAAGGCAACGAAUACUGCUCCCACAUCGUCGCAACCCAUUCCUAUAGGAAAGGUAUUAAUAACCGCUCCUGCAGAAGAGCACGCUAAUGCUGCCGCCGUCCGACCCGAUGCCGCCGCCACCGAAACUGUUCCCGCAAAAGCACCAGAAGUGGAGCGCCUCAAACCGUACCCGAUUGUUCGGUGCAACUCUGAUAGCCAGCGCCCAAGAAGUCUCGAAAGUGACACAGCAGAGCCUCCGAAGAUUGACAAAGAGCCACUGGUGACCGCUGAGGAAUCGUCCACAACAUGCCGCCCAAGCUUACAUGGCAUUCACAGGCACCGUCAUUCUGUCCCAGGGCAACUAAGCUCCUAUCUGAGGAUUUGCAGUGUCGCCGACCUUCCGAAGGUGUUUGGUUCCUCUGGAAGCUUGUUUAGUACUGCAGUGAUCAGUGGUUCUUCGAGUGCCCCAGAUCUAAAAAACCUGUUCCCCACUGCUGUGGCUGAGUGGGCGGUUGCGGUUGCAGACGGGAUCGUGAGCGUCCCGUCGAUCCGUCCCCUGGAAACGCUGCACAAUGCGCUGUCCCUGCAUCAGUUGGACCAGUUCCUGGGAAAGGUGACUAGUGCAACGUACAGGCUGCUCUUGAGCUCGGUUCCCAAGGUGCCCGCAUCAGGAUGCUCCUUCAGCAACAGCCAGUUCUCGGCCCUGCCCGUGGCAUCGCCCUCUAGCAGCAUGAUCUGGAGCGGACCGCCGUCGUUCGUGUCGAGCAGCGGGCCGUCGACUCCCACGUCCUCGACGCUGGACAUCUGGACCAGGCUGCGCCAGAUGGCCGAGAACGACCCGAACGCGGCCGCAGACUCCUCGGGCACCACCAGCAGGAACAGCUACAGCACCCCUCCUUCCCCCCACGACCCAAGAUACUACAACAACAGUCUCUAGGAGCAGUCGGGCAAGGGUUCUCAUAGUCUUCUUUUGUAAAUAGCUCAGAGAGGAAACCUAUUUUUUUGAGCUGCGGAGACCAAGGGUCGUGCGUGGGGCGUGCUGGAGCUGCUGCCGAACAUAGUAAUAACGAAUAAAGCCACUUGUUUCUGA